GGCGCAGGCACCGUCACGUCCGGGCGCGGCUCGGUUGGCCGCAGCGCAGCGGGGCGGGGCGGGGAGGGCGGCUGGCGGUCGCGGCAGAGGCGGUGUCUGAAGGAGACUUGAGGACGGGGCCCUGCGCCAGGCGCUGCCGCCCCUCCCCGCUCCAUGCGCAAGAUGUUGCUGGCGGCGCUUUCGCGGGUGCUGCAGGGCCCGGCCGCCGCCGCCGCCGCCGGGAGGACGGGAGCUGUUAGUGAGGGGUCUCGAGUGCUGGUGGCGUCGCGCAGCUAUGCAGACUUUGCAAGUGAAGCUACCUUUGAAGUUAAGCAGUGUGACCUGCACCGCCUGGAGGAAGGUCCCAGCACCACCGCAGUGAUGACUCGAGAGGAGGGGCUGCACUACUACAAGACCAUGCAGACCAUCCGACGCAUGGAGCUCAAGUCGGACCAGCUGUACAAGCAGAAGAUCAUCCGUGGCUUCUGCCACCUCUAUGAUGGCCAAGAGGCCUGCUGUGUGGGGCUGGAAGCUGCCAUAAAGCCUACAGACCAUGUGAUAACAGCUUACCGGGUUCAUGGCUUCACCUAUGCUCGAGGAGUGCCCGUGAGAGAGAUCCUUGCUGAGCUUACAGGUCGAAAAGGAGGAUGUGCAAAAGGGAAAGGAGGAUCCAUGCAUAUGUAUACCAAAAACUUCUAUGGUGGCAAUGGCAUCGUUGGUGCUCAGGUCCCCCUGGGUGCUGGGAUUGCACUGGCCUGUAAAUACUUUGGGAAGAACGAAGUCUGCCUGACCUUGUACGGGGACGGUGCUGCCAAUCAGGGCCAGAUCUUUGAGACAUACAACAUGGCUGCCCUCUGGAAGCUGCCCUGCAUCUUCAUCUGCGAGAACAACCGCUACGGGAUGGGCACCUCCGUGGAGAGAGCUGCCGCCAGCACCGACUACUACAAGAGAGGAGACUUCAUCCCAGGGCUCAGGGUGGAUGGCAUGGACAUUCUGUGCGUGCGAGAGGCAACCAAGUUUGCAGCUGAGCACUGUAGAGCUGGAAAAGGCCCUAUUCUGAUGGAGUUGCAGACCUAUCGUUACCAUGGCCACAGUAUGAGUGACCCUGGAAUAAGCUAUCGUACUAGAGAAGAGAUCCAAGAAGUGAGAAGCAAAAGUGAUCCAAUUACCUUGCUGAAGGACAGAAUGGUCAACAACAACCUUGCCAGCAUUGAAGAAUUAAAGGAAAUCGACGUGGCAGUAAGGAAGGAGAUCGAGGAGGCAGCUCAGUUUGCCACCACCGACCCCGAGCCGCCGCUGGAGGAGUUGGGGAACCACAUCUAUGCCAACGAGCCACCCUUCGAGGUGCGUGGGCCCAACCAGUGGAUCAGGUACAAGUCUGUCAGCUAAAGGACUUGCUCUUGCCACAACUUAUUCGUAGGAAUAAGUGGAUGCAGUUACAGGAAGUACAGUGACUCAGUCCCAACCUUUUAAGCCUUUUUAAAAGCUCUUUCAAAAGCAAAAAAAUAUGUGUUGGGAAAUCCACCUGGGUCUGGACUUCCCUCAGCACAGUGAAUGUUGUUUCAGGAGGAGCUGAAUGAAGAAAAAGCUGCAGGUUAUUAUUUAAGUUGCUCUCUGUUUGCUUUUCUGACCUGUCUUUGGAGUGCUCAAUGUGUUCUGUACAGUGCAAACACAAAUAAACUGUAACAGCCUUUC